AAUCUUCAGGUUGUGUUUAACAAACGUCUGGCAAAUCAUUUCUCCUUAACACCUCUCACCUGAUAAAUGUGGUCAAGAAAAAAACGCAGAACCCUGGCAUGGUCGACGGGAGCCGAUGGAAGACGUGCUGGCGUACUGGCCCCACGUUCAUCACCUGUGCCGUGUAUGGAAGGUGCUGCCUCUGGCGAGGCCCAGCCGCCAUGGACUCGGCUGAAUUCCGAAGGAGGGGCAAGGAGAUGGUGGACUUUGUGGCCGACUACCUGGAAGGCAUCGAGGGGCGCCAGGUGUACCCGGAUGUGGAGCCCGGCUACCUGCGGCCCCUCAUCCCCACCACUGCACCCGAGGAGCCAGACACGUUUGAGGACAUCAUCAGUGACGUGGAGAAGAUAAUCAUGCCGGGGGUGACCCACUGGCACAGCCCCUUCUUCUUCGCCUACUUCCCCUCGGCCAACUCCUACCCGGCGCUGCUCGCAGACAUCCUGUGUGGGGCCAUCGGCUGCAUCGGCUUCUCCUGGGCUGCAAGUCCGGCGUGCACGGAGCUGGAGACGGUGAUGAUGGACUGGCUGGGGAAGAUGCUGAAGCUGCCGGAGGCCUUUCUGGCCGGGCAAGUGGGAGAAGGGGGCGGGGUGAUCCAGGGAAGCGCCAGUGAGGCCACUCUGGUGGCCCUGCUGGCCGCUCGGACCAAAGUGACCCGCCGCCUGCAGGCCGCGUCCCCAGGACUGACGCAGGGCGCCAUCAUGGAGAAGCUGGUGGCCUACUCCUCUGAUCAAGCACACUCCUCGGUGGAAAGAGCUGGAUUAAUUGGAGGAGUGAAAUUAAAAGCGAUCCCUUCGGAUGGCAAGUUUGCCAUGCGCGCGUCGGCCCUGCAGGAGGCCCUGGAGAGAGACAAGGCGGAGGGCCUGAUUCCUUUCUUCGUGGUGGCCACACUGGGGACCACGUCCUGCUGCUCAUUCGACAAUCUGUUAGAAGUGGGUCCUAUCUGUAACAAGGAGGACAUGUGGCUGCAUAUCGACGCUGCCUACGCGGGCAGCUCCUUCAUCUGCCCGGAGUUCCGGCAUCUUCUGAACGGAGUAGAGUUUGCAGAUUCGUUUAACUUCAAUCCCCACAAAUGGCUGUUGGUGAACUUUGACUGCUCUGCCAUGUGGGUGAAAAAGAGGACGGACCUGAUAGGAGCCUUUAAACUGGACCCUCUCUACCUAAAGCACAACCAUCAGGACUCAGGGCUCAUCACCGACUACAGGCACUGGCAGCUGCCCCUGGGCCGGAGAUUCCGCUCCUUGAAGAUGUGGUUUGUUUUUAGGAUGUACGUCAAGGGGCUGCAGGCCUACAUCCGCAAGCACGUCGGCCUGGCUCACCAGUUCGAGCGUUUGGUGCAACAGGAUCCCCGCUUUGAAAUCUGCACGGAAGUCACCCUGGGGCUGGUCUGUUUCCGGCUAAAGGGUUCCAACAGGCUGAACGAGGAGCUCCUGGAAAGAAUAAACAGCGCCAAAAAAAUCCACCUGGUUCCCUGUCACCUCAGAGACAAGUUCGUGCUGCGCUUUGCCAUCUGCGCCCGCACCGUGGAAUCUGCCCACGUGCAGCUGGCCUGGGAGCACGUCGCUCAGCUGGCCACCAGCCUCCUGGCCGCCCCCAGGGACUAGAGCCCGGCUGAGAGCUCAAACGUUGAAAAGAAGCGUACCUGACAUCAUGGAACGAGAAGACAGUCAACGUGUGGCUCCGGGGACCCAGGCCCGCCUGCGGCGUCACGCUUCUCCCUGGGACGUUCUCCUGGAGCUUGUGCUCAUGUGUGCUCACUCUCUUACCAAUGAAGAAACAUUACUUGCUGUCUGAAAACUUGAUCCCAGUGCAUGUAGCUUCUAUUCAUUAUUCACUUGUGACUGUUGAUUAAGAAAUCAUGCUCUCGAUGUCACCAGUGGUGGGAGAGGUUUACCGAAAUAUUUUCCAGGAUAUUCUAGGACUGUGGGACUUGAGAUUAUACCUGUGGUCUUUCCAUUGUUCUCUCAUGUGGCUCAAUGCUUAAUAAAUAAUUUGAAGCGCA